GCCGGAGUACAAAGGGUACGAUCAUAGAGGAGAAGGCAACGCGACAGUGUCGUCGGCGGAGCAGGCGUCAAAAGUGUCGGAGGUCAACAGGAAGCUAUUCUCGCAGUCGAGCGAGAACAAUCAUCGGGAGGAGAACAGCUGGUGGGCGGCGGAGGCGGGCGUAGGUCAAGAGAUAAGGGAGCGUGAUAAGGGCGCAGCGGUGGCGGGUGAGCUGGCUUGCCUCGCGGAUUACAUGGCGGGGUACUUGAAGGCGGCGGGCGCCACUUGCGCCCCGACCGGAAGUCCUCAGUACCAUCCCCACAGUCAUCCGGCGAUGGGUGUUGGUACUCACCCCCAUCCACAUUCUCACCCGCACCCGGGGGCACCUCACCCCGGGCUACCUUCACCCUUCGCCCUCGCUACUCACGGUCAUCCGCAUCCCCAUCCACUGGAGCACGGACUCGCGGCUUUUCCGCAAGGAAUGAAUCAGCGCAAACAGCGCCGCGAGAGGACAACGUUUACCAGAGCGCAAUUGGACGUUCUCGAGGGACUUUUCACGAAAACGAGGUAUCCCGAUAUCUUUAUGCGAGAGGAGGUCGCAUUGAAGAUUAAUCUGCCCGAAUCACGAGUUCAGGUAUGGUUCAAGAACCGUCGAGCAAAGUGCAGACAACAACUGCAACAACAGCAGCAGCAGCAACAGCAACAACAGCAAACCUCGCCGUCGAAAGGGUCGCCGAGAUCGAGCCAGGCGCAAAGCAACGGGAACAACGGAAGCAAAAUGUCGAGCAGCACGUCCGCGACGCCCAGCAGACGCUCUUCGCCGGUUUCUCCACCACGCGGCAAAGAAGCACCGGGCCCCAAUUCGCCUCUGCUGUCGACAACGUCAACGUACCCGCGUCUCGGUGUGACGCCGACCGGCGGAAGCGGCGCGAACAGCGCCCUUACAACCCCGUCGCCGCCGUUGACCCCAGGUUCCAGCCAGCUACCGCCGUCCUCUUAUCCGCCCCCCAUGAACCAGAUUCAUCACGGCGAGUAUGGUUUCGCUUGGAGUUCAGCGUCGCCCGGCUCGGUGAACCCGAGCCAAUGUUACGCCGGGCAGACCUACAACGCCUACCAGAACCCGUACACCAACGGCGAUUAUUAUCAGACCCAGAUCUCGCACAUGCACCACAGCCCGCAAGGGAACUACCAUCACCCGCAGUAUCAUCACAACAUGACGCUAACAUCCUCGAUGUCACACCUGACCAGCCAUCAUCUGAAUCCAACAGGUACGAACGAUAUGGCCACAUCCCCGUCCGACUCGGACGGCUACAUAUUGCCCGAUCAAAAGUACCAAACGAUGGUAUAGCGGUCCACCAGGUCCUCCGGGAUCUUUCAGCGUGGCCAGGAGAGCACAACCGCGGCCGGAUCCUCCGCGGCUUACAACUGGCGUUUGUCCUCCGCGCCAUCGUGCCCCGAGAUCAGCGGUAGCAUCGAUUCCGACGAUAAUUGAGUUGGCAUACAAACUCGGACGCUUUUCGUAUCGGUUCGACGAGAAAUUUUUUAGUGAACUGUGCAAGGAUUCCAGAUUCUCUGAGAUGAAACAGCGAAUCGUGUGGCGUUUAAUUCCGCCAAUGUUCGUAGACAUUGCUCUUUGCGCGGUAACGAUUGAUAUAAUCGAUGGUAACCGAUUAUUUCUUAUGGAUAACGUGCAACGCAUCGUUCGAUGAAAUGUUCGCGAUUUCAAGUUUCGUACGGUGAACAUAGGUGAUCAAUUCCCGGUGAAACAUUCAAAUCGAGAACUAUUUUAUGUCGCAGGAUAGGCGGUUCGAGAACGCGUCGUAAAUAAAGAGCGUUUAGAGGAUUAAUAAACAGUUUCUUCUUUGUUCACGGCACGUUUCUCGUUCGUCUUGAUCGCCUCCAACGCGAUGCAUUCACGCUCGAUCUGAAAACACGUAAAUACGAAGGGAAACAUUUAGUAAGCAUUUUCAAUUGAAAAGAUAAAAAAAAAAUUAAAAAACAUUUCGCAUUUCACGACUAGUUUCGGGUGAUUCGUCGACGAACGAUUUGAUCCGAGUGCUAUUAUUUAGCGAAAAAUUCCUUUCCUUUUGCUUUCAUUUAGAAUUGACGCGCGACAAUGCUUUCCCGUAUUUCUGUUUUCUUUUCAGUCUUCCCUUCCAUUCGAUUCGCAAUUAUUUCGCGAUCUCUCCGCGAAAAGGGUCCGGUGAUAGGUGACGUCGCGCCGCGAUCGAUCACGAUACAGUCACCACCGUGACCGACUUCCUGUCUCACAGAUAUCGCUUCGAUCGAACCUAAAAGACAAUCGAAAAAGAAAAGAGAAAAGGUGUAGGUAUUCGACAAGCGUAGUCGUUCAAACGACCAUAUAUAACCCGUCCAACGAGACGAGUCGGUAAACGCACGCAAAUUCGCGUGUUCGAUGCAGGGCCGACACGCAAUUAUUUUCAGUUCUUCAAACGCUUCGUUCAACGUCUAUUUAUCGUGGGUCGGCCCUGCGUCGUGCACGCGAAUUUAAAUGCAUUCACUGAUUCGUCUCUUUGAACGGACUAUAGUAUCAACCGCGAGGGUGCAUUAUUUCUUCCUUCUUUCUCAUUUUUUCUUGGUCGUCGGUGGUCAACGAAUUUUAGUUUCUGAAAAAUGAAGAGACUCGUCGAUGAUACAAAGCUUGAUCGUACAAUUUUAUCCACGAGAAUCCGCGAGUAAUUAUCCGUUUUACGACGUUUCAAUUUAAUUUUCCUGAAAGCGGAUCGACGAGUACUCAUCACUGCCGUCAUUAAUUUUAGUAUUAUCGUUACGAUCUUUAUUCUUACGAUUAACACUGUAAUUGAUAAUCAUUCAUAUCAAGUACGGCCAGUAGCCGGACGAUUGUGUAAAUAGCGAAAGCAAAACAGUGUGUUUGUACGAAUGCGUGAGAACUGAAUGAUCCACGAGCCAUUUUGGCGAAACCGCGAUCAACAACGUGGUGAAUUCUUCCUGAAAGAUUGCGCGGACGAGUUACAACGUUCUCGGACGCUCCAUACACCACGAAUAUUCUUUCUUUCUUCCUUUCUUUCGUGGCGGGGUAUCAAGCUUUGCUCGUGUCGCGACUUAAUCCGCGGGCAAAAUAAUAAUUUCGGCAGCAGCUUUCGAACGAAACCAGUUUCGCUAUCUUAAUAUGAGUGUUCGGGUAAAACGGAUUGCAAAGGAAAGCAGCGUGUCGAAGGACGUAAUACGUAAUCGUGAGUGUAUAUUUCGUGUAUACAACCCUAAUGUAUAUUAUUGUGGAUUAGAGAAUAAACUCAAGUUCAAGAUAUCAGUAACGUAAACGAUAGCAAAUGAUCGUGUAAACCGUAAUGAUUAUUGUGCGCACAUAGACGUUAAGCUACUUUGUAAUAAUAUGACGCAAAAAAUGUACAUAAUUAUCAUAACUUGUAAGAUACACGAUUGGAUUCUAUCAUGUGAGAAGAAGAUCUUCCUACGUCAAAAAUAAAACAUCGCAUAUUAUUAAUAAAUCAGUUUGUCCAUUCA